AAAAACAUCAAACUAUACCAAAAGAAACAGUUCCUCCCACCUCUUCCUGAGGAUUACCAACAUUAAUUUGUAUAAUUUCUCUCUUCGUGUACUACAUUCUAGUCUACAACUUGCUUUAGCCACUCAACAAGCAACUGUCUACUUCUGCCCUGUGAGCAUACGCACGGCUACUUCAGUUUACGUUUCCUUCUACUGAUGAAUGUGGAAGUGGUCUCAACCUUAUUGGAUGGCGAUGAGGAAUGCUGUAGAGAACAUUCUUAUGCUUAUAUCCUAGUGCCCUUUCUUUGAACAUAUUUGCGGGGCCACUGUGGGAAAGUGGGGUUGCUGCACCAAAGAGUUUGUACUUCUACAGUGUUUAACACUUUCAAUUUACUUUGGUUAACAUUAUGCUCCUUGCAGACUCCUGAGUAACAGACAAGAUCUGCACUGUCUUGAAUUCCCACCUGAAAUUGUUGGAUUGGGGGAUCUCCAUCUCCUGCCAAAUCAAUAAUCAACUGCUGCUCUCUGAGCAAGUGAUUUGCAGACAUGGAGUAAGCCUCUGCUGUGGGUGAGCAGUAGAGUGUGAGGUCAUUCUUUUCCAAGGCAAGGAAGGGUGGCCCUUAAUCUCCCCAUAUGCCUGCUCUGUGUUCUAUGGGAUCUUCUAACCUGCUUCCUGCCUGCGCCCACGGCACCCCCUGCCCCCACGGCACCGCCUCCCCCUGCAUUUCUGCUUCCACCCACUGUGGCAAGAGAUCUGGGUAUAAACAAAUAAAUAACGCAACACAAUAGCUGCUUCUAAAGACCGGCCAAACUGAGUUGGGGAGACAGAACACAGAUGGCUAAAAAACAAACUAAAAAUACAAGACGGUAUAUAAAAAGCAGCGAAUAAAUAUAAAUAGUAAGCAUCCUCACAGCAGCCGGGAGGAAGGAAGGAAAACAGUGGCUGGGAGUUGGAACCUCAGGGCAGGACGUAUGGUAGAUGUGUGGAAUGCCUGUCCCAGGGCACCAGGCGUGUGGGGAGACAGCUAUAAAAACUGUGAAAAUGGGCUGAUAGAAGAAGAUAGCCUGACAGACAGGAAAAUAAGAGAGAGGGCCCACUUCUGACAACUGACAGUGAGCAGGGUUUGUAGCGUUCUUUGAGACUGUUAGUGACACUUCACAGAAGUUCUUCAUCACUCUUUUAUGUUUGUUUUUGAGUGUUGUGGGUGGUGCGGGUAGUUUAUUAAAAUUUUAAGAACUGGAGGAAAGCUUCCAGCAUCCUUCCUAAAAAGAAACUCACCUAUUUGUAAAUAUAGACAACAUUUUCCUUCAGGAUUUCAGGGUCCCUUGCUUCUACCUUACCUUGAGAAACUUUUAAUUAGAGUGUAUCUGAAAGAAAUAAAGUUGCAACCCAAGAUAAUUUAUCUAGAAAAAACGUUAGCCAAGUAUGCAGAUCAUGGUCAAAAUUGCUAGCCCGUGUGAGUAAGACACCAGCAAUAUUUGAAUAUUUAUGAAUCGUCAAACCAUGAAGCUGGUCCCAAACAGGUGGGUAAACAACCUCAGAGGUCUUCCCUCGCCCUCAAACUUCUCCUCUACAUCCGCAGUUUACCCAGCGUGUAUCCGUGGAGGGAAUGCUCUGGCUUUUUCGGACCCCAAACAAGCCAAGCUCUUGAAAAUGUGAAUCAACAGGAUUAUUUCAGGGCGUGGAACUGCAAUCCACCCCUAGAUGCCGAUUUUGCUGCAGAAAAGAUACUCUUGCUCCCCACCCCCUCCUUUCUUUUUGACAGUCAGUUAAUAAAGACUCAACAAUAAGCAGCUGCCGGUGAUGUCAUUUGGGACUUUGUCCACGGAGCUUGUAUUUACAAGCUCCGAGCCACUACGGAGCCGCAGCCGGGAGCAGCGCGAGUCUCCGCACACUCUCGCCGUCCCGGAUUCGGACUCGGAUUCGUGUCGGGAUUCGGCUUCGCCGCGGGACCUCGCAGCCGCUCGGUCUGAUCCUCGGGAAAGCGGUCUCUGAGCGGCAGUCUUUGCAUGCUUCAAAAAUAAACAGAGGAUAACCGCGGGACAAGGUUUUUAGCCUCAGAGAGUUGUCGAGUUGUGGCAGCUCCCGUGUCUGUCUCCACCACUGCGUGAUUGGUGUUCACCUAGGCGCUCCCUGCAAGUAAGACUGUGACCCUGAAAAGAGACGAGGGAUUCUUAUAAAUCACAAAGGAAAAUAAAUAACUUCACUCAUGGAGGGGAAGAGACAGCUUGAGAAAAGGGACUUUGGAAAAAGGCUGUCUCUGGACAGCAGUCUUGUGGAAUAUAUGGACUCUAAUAAAUACAUUGAGCAUUUGCUAACUCAACUUGAGGAGCAACACAGAAGUCUCUGGAGGGAGAAGUUGGCUGUGGCCCGACUGCAGCGAGAAGUUGCCCAAAGAACAAGUGAGGGGGCAGUGCAUGAGAAGCUGAUACAUGAAUUGGAAGAGGAGAGACACUUGCGUCUUCAAAGUGAGAAGCGGUUGCGGGAGGUUACCCUUGAGUCCGAGUGCAACAGAGCUCAGAUGAGAGGUCUGCAGCGGCAGUUCUCCAGGAUGGAAGAAACAGUACGAAAUCUAUUGCAGAGUCAAGGACCUCCAGAGCAGAACAAAGAGGAAACGGUUAACAUGCUGGUUUAUCAGGAAAAACUGUCAGAGGAAGAGAGAAAACACAAGGAAGCUUUGGACACUCUUCACAUGGUGGUAGAUGAGGAUUCAAGGAGUGAAAGCAGCAGUACAGAUGAGGGAAGAGAGAAAACCAAAUUGCUGUUAGAAAGACUGAAAGCUCUAGAGGCAGAGAAUUCAGCAUUGGCUUUGGAAAAUGAAAAUCAAAGAGAACAGUAUGAGAGAUGUCUUGAUGAGGUAGCCAAUCAAGUUGUUCAAGCUCUGCUCACUCAAAAGGAUCUAAGGGAGGAAUGUGUAAAGUUGAAAACAAGAGUGUUUGAUUUGGAACAACAGAACCGAACACUAAGUAUCCUAUUCCAACAGCGAGUCAGACCAACUUCUGAUCUGCUCCUCCAGGAACCACAACUGAAUGCCAAAUCAGGAACCCCUGCCUUGAGAUGCCCUGGGCUGGGGCUUGUCGUUCCCAGUCAUCUCUGUCCUCGAAACAGCUACAGCAGCAGUGAACUGUCUCUUUCUAGCACCUGCAGUGAGUACUCCAGCGGCUCGUCCUACACAUGGCAUGAUGGGAAGAACCUCAGGAAAAGGCAACCAUCACAAAACUGGGAUAAAAGACUAAGUAUUGAUUCUUCACUCCCAAGUGGCUUUGCUAGUCCUGCAGAUGAACUACCUCCAACUCGGAUCAAGGAAAGCCACAUUUUGGAAGGGCUGAGAAAGCUCCAGAAGCGAAAAGUGUUACUGGAACCCUCAUCAGUGAUAACCAAGUGGGGUUAUAAAGAUUGUAUGAACUCGAAUGAAGGAAUAUAUUCUCCAGGAAUUAAGAGUAGCAGUCUCAAGGAAUAUCCAUCCUGCAAACCACCAGGUGUGGGGAGCCCCUGCCAGGAGUCCCACAAGACAUUUGUUUAUGAUGCAGCUUCCCACGAGGGUGCUAAUGAUGACCCCUCUUCCCUAGCAUUGCUACAAGCAGUUCCAAACCUGGGCUGCAGGCUACACGGCAGCAAAUUAACCCACAGUGUUUCUGACAGUCUCUUUUUCUGGGAGCUGAAUGGAAAACACUUUUCAGGAGGCACGUCCUCAGUUUAUCCCAGAGAAAGGCCUGAGAAGUUGACUCAUGCCAGCAACUGUCCCUUGGAGAGGAAGCUGUGCCCGUGGGUGCGGGUGCCUCUGGUACAGCAGGACAGGGAUCCACAUAGCCAAGGCCAUGAUCACACAGCUCUCACUCUCCAGCUUUCAGACAUGGAUGACAAUGAGACCCUGGAUGAAUUGCACAUAGAGAGCAGUGACGACAAAAGCACUUCAGAGUUGUCAUUGACUGCUGACACCGACAAAUCCACCGAGAACCUGGAUGUCCUCAUGGGAUUUGAGAAAUCUGAGCACGGGUCUCCUGAUGAGGAAAAACAAGUACCCACCCAGUCAGAAACUAGGCCAAAGACAUUUAGUUUCAUGAAACAGCAAAGGGUUGUGAAAAGGACUUCUUCAGAAGAAUGUAUCACUGUAAUAUUUGAUGCAGAAGACAGUGAACCUUUAGAAUUCAGCUCACAUCAGACUGGAGUUGCUGCUGUUACCAGAAAUGAAAUUUCCAUUCACACAGCCCCUGCUGGGCCCACAGCAGAACACACUGAACUUUUACCUCAGGGAAUCACUCAUUUACAUCCAGGGGCUGCUCCAAGAGACUGUCCCUUCUUAAAGAGAUCUGAAGAAGAAACCGAGAAAAACAUUCCAACAGGUGGUGUAGACUGUGUUUCUUCAGCUCCCACUGACCCAUUCAGCUCCAGAACAGUAACACAAAAUGCCCCACAACAAAAGCUGACUAAACCAAUACCCAGUAUGUCAUGUCACAGAAACUCAAGCUCUGUGGCACCUAUGGGUGUCUAUCAAAAGCAAAACCUGACAAAAAUACCAGCCAGGGGCAAGUCUUCACCUCAGAAGUCAAAAGUAACAGAGUCUGAAGGCUCCACACUAAUCCCUUCAUGUGGCCCAGUGACUCUUAAAAAAUCACCCGCCUUACCUCCUGGGAAACUUGCACGGCUCAUGAAGACUGAGAGCACGGGGCCCCUCGGUGAUGUGCGACCAGAUUCACACAUUCCAACGCUCCCCACGCAACCUUCUCGUGGCCCUAGAAUGUCCAGCAGGAGGGACUGGGCUCAGUGCCCCAAGAGUCAGACGCCAGGGUCAAGAUCAAGGCUGCUCAUUGAGGCUUGUGACAGUGGAGAGCCUCCCACAAGGGACAAAUACUGUGCUUCUGGGCCAGAGGUUACUCCGGCAGGGGUGACAUCUCCUUCCCCACCACCCCCUCCAGGCAGGUCGGUGUCCCUGCUCAGGUCCCACUAUGACUCUGCAUUACCACCUGCAUCUGCCACUCCUGAAAGCAGGCUCCCCAGUGACACAGGGAGAGCAGUAUGCAAAUCGCCCCUGCUGAAAGGAGCCUCUGCUCCAGUCACUUCUCAUCAGGCCACAACAGAAGUGCAGAAGAAGAAACCUUCCAUAGCCUUCAAAAAGCCCAUUUUCCCUCAUGUCCUGCCUUCCGCAGAGGCAGUGAUUCACCCUGGAUGCCCUGCUCAUGCCCCCUCCAGCUCAUUUGCUGUGAUGACUCCCAGGGCUCCAAAGGUCUCGCCAAAGAGAGGUGUUCCUAAAACCUCUCCUCACCAAACACUUGGGACCACACACAUGGACACAGGGUUACGGGUGCCUAAGACUUGUCCUUCAACCCAUGAGUCACUGGAGAUACCACCCUCCAAGAGUGUAUCUCCAGGAAAAAGACAAGUGAACGACAGUGUCCAUGCAUCCCCCAAGCCUUUCUUCUUGGGAGCAAAUGAGUCACCAUCCUCUCAGGUGAGCAGUUCCACAUCCUCCGCUUCUUCCUCUAAAAGCCAUAGCACCCCGAAUGGUUGUCAAAAUGCUCGUGAGAAAGGACUGAAAACUCGCCUCCCAGUGGGGCUCAAAGUUCUCAUGAAGUCUCCCCAGUUGCUCAGGAAAAGUUCCACAGUGCCAGGGAAACAUGAAAAGGAUAGUUUAAAUGAGGCUUCUAAAAGCUCUGUAGCUGCAAGCAGGCCUAAGCUUGAGGACUCCAGGAAUCCAGCAAACCUGGAGGCUGCAGGAUGUAAAGGAAACUCCCCUACACUGGGUUUACACACAGCAGACAGGUUAGCUGAAGGACUUCCCCUGGAAACAGUGCUGCCAGAGGCCCUGGGAAAUGGCACCCCUGCAGCUGAUGGUAGAGACAGAAUAGAAAACAGAUCAGUGAAAAGAUCCCUUUCCUCUAGCAAGCCACAUCUAAAGCCAGCCCUAGGCAUGAAUGGUGCCAAAGCCCGAAGCCAGAGCUUCAGCGCUCACUCAGGAGACAAGCCCUCUCCACCCACUGUGGAAGGGCCAGGCAAAAUCCGAACUCAGAUUAUUACCAACACAGCAGAGAGAGGCAACUCUCUUACCCGGCAGAACACCUCCAUGGAGGGCUCCCCCAGCCACACCGGUUCUACUCCCACAUCUGAGAGUCUUCUCUGUGCUGGGCACCCGUUUUCCAGGCAAGGCUCCCUGGGGAGCACAGGCAGCACCAACAGCCAGCAUGGGAGCCCAAGCAAGCUACCUUUGAGGGUCUCCCCAAAGUCUGAAGGACUUCACACCCAGCCUGGAACAGAAGACCCCCAGGUUUACAUAGGAGGAGAAUGUGUUAGCGUGGCUCUACCUGAGGAAUCAGGCAGUGACCACUGCAGGUGCCCACCCACUCCAACAGACUGCCCUCUCGUGCCUCAGGCCCCAGGAAGGUCACUGCGUCCAAACAGUUUAGAAACAAGCAGGACUUCCAAGCUAGAAAUUUCUGGAAGACAUCCAGAUGUCUCUACAACCAGGACUGGUGCUAUAAGCCCAGAAGCCCCCCUCUCACCCACAAUCGAAGAAAAGGUCAUGUUGUGCAUUCAGGAAAAUGUGGAAAAGGGCCAAGUGCAAACAAAGUCCACCUCUGUGGAAGCAAAGCCUAAGCCUGGGCCUUCUUUUGCCAGCUGGUUUGGUUUUCGAAAAAGCAGACUUCCAGCUCUCAGUAGCAGGAAAAUGGACUUCUCCAAAGCCAAGGUGGAAAGGAAAGAUGUGAAAGUCUUGGGGUUUGGAAACAAACAGCUGAAAUCAGAAAGAAAGAAAGAGAAAAAGAAGUCUGAGCUGCAGUGUGUGACAGAAAAUGAGCUUAACAGGAGCACCAGGUUGGCAGAUACUCCUGACAGUGGAUUACAAAGCAAAAGUAAUCUAAAACCAUCACAAGAUAUGUGCAACCACAUGAACUUUGAACCAAGAAACAGACCCAACCCUGUUACAUGUUCAACAAAAGACACCUUUAUGGUGGAACUUCUGAACAGAGUUGACAAGAAAGGAACUCAACAGAUGGAAGGUGGAUCAAAUAAUGUUUCCUGCAGGAACGUGUUAAAGGGCAGUUCCCAGGGCUCCUGUCUCACUGGCAGCUCUAUCAGCACUCAAGGAAGCCACAAGAAAAACAUCAAAACCAAAGUGGAUAUGGAAAUAUCCAGAGACUCCCUGGUAAAAGAGGCAAAUGAAAAUCUACAAGAGGAUGGAGAAGACACAAUUGCAGAUUCUGCAUUUCAGAGCCAUGUCGUAGAAUCAAACUGCCAGAUGAGAACACUGGACAGUGGCAUCGGGACCUUCCCACUCCCAGACUCAGGAAAUCGUGUGACAGGACGCUACACCUGCCAGCCAGACUGCUCGGAGGACACUGAGCCCCUCCUGUCCCUCCAGCAGGCUCCUUCCAUAGCCUCCUCCAUCAGAGCCCACACCCUUGACCAAGAAGUGCCUUCCUCCACAGACAGCCAGCUUGCUACAGAGACGGCCACUGUUCAUUCCGCAUCCGAGCCCAUCAUGAUGGCCAGAGUGACACGACCUCCUCAGUGUCACCUCCCCAAGCCAGCCUCCUCAGGAAAAACCAGUUUCCAAAAGCAGAAUGAAGCAGAGCUGAGGCCUCAGACGUGCUCAUCAUUUGAAUAUGCUGAAGACACAGCAGCAGGCAAACCACUUCCAGACUGGGGCAGUGAUGACCCUGCCCCCGAGACCCAGAAAUUGAAACAAGUUGAAGAAACAAAAGAAGAUCCUGAGAAUAGAUUAUCUAAAAUUUCCCUUGAGUCGUUCAAUAAAUUUAACAGCAAUAGUGUGAUUUUAUUAGAAAAAGAGAACUCCCUGAGCAAGGUUGGAGGACAAAAGGAAGAAAGAGAAAGAAAUGAAGAGGCAUCUUUAAGUAGCUCCGAUCGGCCUGGGGUAGACAAUUUGGAAUCUUUGAGUGAUUCUUUAUAUGACAGCUUUUCCUCUUGUGCAAGUCAAGGUUCAAAUGAUGUAUAAAGGAUUUUUCACCCCCUUAGAGCUGGGAAUAGAGCACUUAAAAAAUGAAAGCAGGGCGGGGUGGCGGAUGUACAGCUGUUAGCCGUAAAGGAUUGCAACACCUGUGCCUACCUUGGGGCGUAUACAGCAGGCAACCCACCAGGGCUUCUUUCUCUGACAGGGCAAUAAAGAUUGAAUCCAUUGCUGUGUUUCAAGAGGAUUAAAAGUAAACACGAUACAGAAUUCUUAAUUUUGCACUUUUUAAAAUACUUGUACAGAAGUUGUAAAUUUUUUUGGAAGAGAAAUUAUAUUUGUAGGGAAGAAAAAGAUAGCAAUAAAAGGAAUCUGUGCCAUGCUCUUGAAAUGAUGUACUAAGUCUUAGAAGUUGAUGAUAAUAUAUAUUUUUAAAAAUUCCAGCUAAAGAUUUUGUGAAGUUCAUUGUCCUCGUCCUCAACAUAUUUGUGGGUACACUCUGUAAACCUACACCACGGCCUGCAGAAAAACCAGAGAGAUCCUGCUCAUCUCCAUCUCACAGUCUCAUUUUGAUAGAUGUUUUUAAUUGCAGUGCAGUUUUAUAAUUGUUGCCCAAGAGAUUCACGUUUUAAUAAUAAUUCUGCUUCCACCGAAGAAUGAAGUGUGGACACUGGGAAAUGUGACCCUAUGUCCAGAAGCAACCUAAUCCUACUUCUAGGAUUUCCCUCUAGACAUUUCCUUACAUCCCCUCUACUUAGUGAUUGUCUAUGACUCUCGAUAUUAUUUGUUGAUUUUCAUCUUCCUACUUUUAAAAAUUACAAUCUGGGUACUCUGGAAAUGAAAACAAAUUCCUAUUUGGUAUGUUCACUUUCUAACAAAUAAAAUCAGUGAUUGGUGCUACAAAAAUGUCUUACUUUUUAAUAUUCUUUUUGCUACAAAGACUUUAUAUGUAAGGAUAAAUUCUAUUUUAAAGGUUAUGUGUAUUUUUUCUAGAUGUGAACUAUUUAUAAUUGCUUUUGUACAGGAGCUUGUAAACUAGGUAUAAUAGAGAUACUUUUAGGAUCUACUUGGUUACUUUAGCACACAAUUGUGUCUUUAAAGAAUAUUGUAUGAUCAGUGUUAUUUUGUUAAUUUGUGCAAUUUGUUAUAUCUGAAUUUUGUUACCCUAAUGAAAAUUAUGUAAAGCGUCCUUGUCUUUCAGGCUUUUAAAAAUCCUUUUGUUUCAUUUCUGAAUAAAGUCCUUCCACAGUUGUACCCUCUAUAUGCUGAAAAGAACUUGCUCACGAACCCUCUGGCUCACUCAGCUGUAUCAGUCGUGAUUCACACGUGUUCCCAAGGAUGGCUUUCCCGAAGGAAUAAAUAAACUGGCCCUUUUG